AACUAAAGCAUUCCUCCCCCAAAUGGCAGCCGUCCUCUGCUCUGCGCCCUGCUCCUAUUCUCACCGUCAAAAACCCUCCCUUCCUCUUACGGUCUUAUCCACCUUCCUACCUUUACCAUCAAUCUGUAUCUGGGCUUAACCCCAUGUUAAAUCUCAAAUCCUAACGCAAAAACUUCGCAUCUGGUUCACGCUCCCUUCCUCCUUCAAAACCCCAUCUCCUCUUCAUCCCAAAGUUCAAAAUUUUAAAUUCUAACUAGGAGUUUUCCUGAUUGCCUUCCCCCAAACUGCCACCGAACUUCCUCUCUGCACACAAACUUCUGAGAAAAUUUUAUUUUGUUCUCAGAUGUCAUGGAAAGUAGAUUUGCGAUCUGAGCAGAAGAAGCUAUUCAAGAUGCAGAGUCAUCAUAAUUUGUUUGGUUCAUACCAGCAAUCUUCCCCUUUACGGAAGAAGUCAUCGGCUCAUAUACAAGAUAAAACUUCCCAUUAUCUCCAUUUUCCAGCUGAUCUACUCUUCCCAUUUUGACAAGUCUGAUAAUGUUGGCAUGAUGGUACUUGUUGAGCUUCAUCAGAUAGGUUGUUUCUGCCUGUAAAAUAGUAUGUAUCACAGCAGUUAAUGCUAACAAUUUUCAAAUCCUAACAAUCCUACAAGUUCUAUAAAAUACUGAGAUCUCUUUUGGUGCCUACCAGCCACUGUUUUUCAUGUAUACCCUGAUUGUCCUUUUCCAUCAUUUUGGCUGCAAAAUCUUGACCGUCCAUUUGGAUGCAACGGACAUUUCCUGUCCCUGCCACACCCUCCCCCCCAAGCUGGGUGCCUUGUGCAAACAGGUUCGAAAAGUCACUCCAUUCCAUCUGGUACUCUUUUUUUGAGGCCUCAAGCUCCUCUGCGUUCCUCACAGCUUCUGCCUUUGCUUUGUCAUUUUGACUGUCAGAAAAGAAGUUAACUAUUGUGGAAAUUGUUUAAUAAACAAUCAGAAUUUCACGCCGGUGAUACUGCCAAACAAUUAAUUGGGCAUACUCACACUCCGACGACCACAUUGCAGAAAAAGCAAUAAAUGAUAAGCCAAAAUAGCAAUUAAUUGAUGCAUUUUCCAUUCGCAACAGACACUCCGGCGAGUACUUAAUGAUGAUUACUAGCAUAAUUUAUUGAAAUAGAUAAACCAAAAUAGCAAUU